AUGAAGAGACGUCAUCCUAAUCUUUUGACGGCGUUGCGCAAAUUAUAAUUUUUGACUCUCACUCAUCACGGCUGCCAUGUUUUUUUUCAUGCGGGGUGUGUGUGUAUAGAAAUUAUCAUGAUAAUUUCCCCAUAUAAACUACUACGGAAGUAAAGGGGUGCACGAAGUGCGUCAUUCGUUGAUCGCUAGUGACAAUGCGAUUGUACAAAGUUUGUUAGAAAAGAGGACCGCUGCCUUGUACAAAACUACGAAACACUAGCAAAGAAUAGGCCAAAGAAAUAAGCAUGUAUUAUUAGUAAGGCGGCAUUUCGAGGAUCGAUACUAUCACACGGCCCACGGCGAUUGAAAAAUGGACACUCGAUUUCUGAGCAAGAUGAUUGAAUUCUAUGGCGAUUUAGAUUACUUUUGGCAGAAUGCGUAAAAACAAGAGAGGGAGCCAGGCUCACGCCUGCUGGCCUGCUACGUCAAAAGAAUUGCACCUCAUCCCACAUCCCAUCUGAUAUUGCACAGAUUUUACAGAGGAUAUGCAGUGCUCAGUAAUUCUGGAAAGGGGCUGUAACAGUGGGAACGUUAAAAUGAAGACGUUAAGUGGUUUUAAGAAUCCUUACAAAAAGGAGUCCAGUCUGGACAAUAUUGUUGAUCAGCUGUGCACGAGACUUCAAGACAUUAAAGAUCAAGAAAGUUCGUCACUGAUAGGGAUGCCCACGUGUUCUUUGGAACAAACAGAGGCUGUCCGUCGAUAUUACGCUGCAUUCCCGGCUCUAAAGAAAGCACAAGAGUCGCCAUUGCAGUAUUAUUUGCCACCGCCAGCUUGGUGUCGUAAGUCUAACACAGAUUCGAAAGUCAAAAUGCAGAGUGAACUAGCAAUAUCAAAGGAUUGGAAUUGUAAGAACAAAAAAUAUUGUACUGGCAAAGAACGGCGGAACUCAUACCACGGCCAAAAGAAAAAUAGCAGAAAACGUUACAACAGUUACAGUAGAUCUUUUGACAGCAAGGAAAGCAUGCCCGAGUGGAUGACGCAUGAGGGGGUAUGGGAUAUCGAAACUCAGGAUCCCGUGAAGGAGUUUAUAAGAGCGAUCGCUUUGGACGAGGGUUACGGCACUUGUGAGAACACAGUAACUGACGAAAUUAAAGAAAUCACGCAAGCAAAGAUCAGGUUGAAUGAAAACAUGGUUCCCGAUUGGGACGACAGUCUCGAUCUCGACACAGAGUGGGUCAUCACGGACGAUCUGAUUCCGCGGGCUAGAAGCCCAAUGGAGGAGGAGCUUUAUGCAAAAUUUGAAGCCAAGUUCGACCGUAGCAUCGAGGCCCUGUGGUCUAAAGAUCAAAACACUCCUGAUGAUGAGUAUCAAGAUCUACCAAUCGAUUUCCAAGAUCUGCUCUCAUCGCCAUCAGACCACCUGUUCGCCGAUCCGUCCGCCGAAAAGAGUAGCAUGAAUCUAACGGAGAGCAUAUGGUCGACCAGCAUCACCGUCACUCAGCCGAAGCGCAACGAUUCGCCUUCCCAAAUUGCAGAAGGUCUGCACGACCGUUUGCGCCCUCUUAACAUAGGCGAACCGCGCGAGAUCGAGUCUUUCUCCUUGUACGACGGAGACGAACUCUACGACGCGCUGUCGACCGUCGCCAAGACCAUGCGCUCGUUCACCGCCAUCAACCACAGCCGAGACUGCAGCGGUUUCGUCGAAGUUCCGCCUCGCACCAAGCGCGCGGCCCGCCCGCCGCCCGCGCCCGCCGCGCGCCCCCUCCCCCGCCCGCCCGAGCCCCUCGACCGCGAGGACCCGCUCACCUCCUCGCGGACCCACUUCCGUCCCAUCUGCCGCGAGCCGGAGACCGCCACCCGCUACGCCGACGGCGACACGUUCGACAUCCGCGGCGACUUCGACCCGGUCGAGUUCAAGCGCAGCGAGUCCGGCGGCGUCUACCUCGAGACCACCCACGAGCGCUAUCUGGAGUAUCGCGUCGCGAACGGCAUCGAUUACGGCAGACUGAACCUGACCGCCGCGCAGCGCUGCCCCGAUCUCGACGACCUCGGAUUCAAGCUGCGCUUCCCGGUGCGGCAGAUCGACGCCGGCGUGCAGACCGAGCCGCUCGUCGACGGGUGGUCGUGCGACGAGUGCGGCGGCUCCGCGAAGAAGAUGCGCCCCAACGGCAUCGAGAGCAUCUGGAGCGACGCGUGCGUGUGCGAGUGCGCGCCGGUGGAGGCGCCGCCGCCCACGCGCGCGCCCGUGCCGCCGCCCGACGAGCUGUCGCGCGACUGGGAGGAGCUGCUGUCGGACAUCAGCGCGGCGCACCGCAUGUACGCGACGGACGCGGACGCGGAGGCGGGCGCGCUGCCGGACCGCAAGCGGCGGCACAGCGCGGCGCUGCGCUGCGCCGGGCCCAGCGCCGCCACCUGCACGCACCCGCACGCGCGCUUCCUGCACUGCUGCGUGCCCGCGCUCGACCGCCCGCUCACGCGUUAACCCCGCGUAUUCUUUGCGCAUCGUUUCCGCGACAUUGUCACGUUGGGUUCUUUCGAGACGGUCUUGUAUUUGCACGUUAUUGUUUCGCAACGUUGCGAUAUCGGGAGGAUAUGUUAGGAAACUUUGCCAGACGACCGUUUGGCUCGUCCGAAUACGCGGCUAACGUCCGAACGAUACGCACUACUACGACGAUUAAUUUUUUCUCGCUUGCAUUCUAACGUCUCAUUUUACAUACCGACCAAAAUAAAAUUUAGUUCCGUUAAUCGAAUCCACAAAUUUGUACUGGAAAUAUGUGUAAUUGUUAUACAUAUAGUUUUUUUUCGCAUUCGCUGAUCGAAAAAGUUAAGCGUCUUAGUAGGGUUAAGUUUGGUAAUUUCCACCGCUGAUAAGUUUCGCUUUUGAGCGCCUCGAGGAGUCGAUGACAUCUGAAUGUGCGGGAGACCGAUUUGACACAAUUUUUCACGUUUACAAUAGAGUCCAUCGCGAUACAGGAAGAAACUAAGUGGCCUUUGGAAGUGAUAAUCAUGAAACCGCAAUUAUGUUACGUGUAUAUUGUGUCAAGGUGGCCUCUAUCGAUUAUUUCCUUUAUUGAACGAUCAUAUCGCGUUCUGUGUAUUGCCUUUUAAAACGAUUGUUGUUUUUAAGAAAUAUUCUCCGUGCGAGCCCCCAGAGUCGCGUUACUAAUUUAUCUUAAGUGGUGUAAAGUGGCUAGGGAUAGUGCUCAGUUUGUAAUUAAAGUAAUUGUUCCAAAUCAAUUAUUUCUUAACAAUGCUUUAGAUAGCCUUCAUUACAAUUUCAAGUGGCGUUUAAAUAAAUAACAAAAAAUAUAGCAAUAGUUAUAGGAUUAAAAUUAGCGAGACUUUACAUAACUAUGAAUCUUUCUCCAACAAUUGUGCAAGAGGGCAAAAAAGUGAUAACAUAUCUUUGAGGGUGGAGUAUAAUGUAACCUUAAUUUUAGUUCAAUGUUUUUUUUUGUAGCGAUUUUAUAUUGAUAUGAAAAUAUAUAUAUAUAUAUAGGUAUGCUCGGUGAAAUACUCCUGUUUCGUAGUAAAUCGGAGAAAUUAAUUAUAAUAAAAGGAACUUGGUAUUUUUAAAAAGAUAAUUAUAUUUACAUGGCCAAUCUUUUCGGCCUGUUAUUAUUUACAACGUACUAUGCAAUUAAGAAGAGUAAUAAUUUUUGUAUUUUCUUUAUGAGGAGGCAGCGAGUAUUUCACGGUGAGCUCUUCGGACGAUUUUAAUAUAAUUCUUACAAUAAUAUCGUCCUGAGGUAUUUAAAAGGAUUUGUUGAUAUAAAAUGUAGUUGACAGGAUUAUUUUGUUGAUAUUUUAUUAAUUCCGUUCACGUUUUUUAAAUCAAAAAUGCAUUUCGAAAAUUUUAACAUGUAAAAUUUGUUUUCCAUUUUUAUUUCAAACUUUAAGGAGAGUUGAGUUUAAAUUGUAAGGACAGGUUGGCAUUGGGCCUUAGGAGGUAGACGAUGGUUUCGGAAAAGGUUUAAUAUAUUGAUUGUAAAGUUAGGGUAUUAAUUCCCAAUGCUGAUGGCUUGCCCGAUGGUGAGAGUCCACGAUCGUAUGGUUAUUUGUUAUCGGAGACAGUGGACGGUUUGUUUUAAAUGGUUUGUCCAAUGUGUCUUAAGUUAAACGCGGCGAUUUUAUUGAUUAGCCGUUUAUUUUAGGAUGGCAGACGAUAAGAGGGCCAAUUAUGUACUUUGGAACAGUUCGCCCGUGCGUGUCUGCCCUAGUAGUAAUAAUUUAAAGUGUAAAGUUUUAUACGAAGUUGGACAAUGUUAGGUAAGGGAGCUACGCCCCUGGUGCGUUGGACGGAAGGAAUGGUGAUGCGUAUAAUCGCUGUCACUGUUCAUUUUAUUCCUAGUUUAUUUGUGGUCAGGUGGAAAGAAAUGUGUUAUCAGAAAAACUCGCAAGUGAGGAAUAGUGGACAGUGACAGUGAAGUAAAUUGUAACAUAAUUAUCCAAUAUGGAUGGUAACAGUUCAUAUAGGCGUAACUGUUAUUAUAGUUUAUGUAAAGCAUAAGAAGUGUAUGUUAUAUUUUAUAUUUUCAUUUUUUUCAUGGAGUAACAACUGUUUAGGCUUAGGUGAUGUCUUAUACAGAGAGCAAUGCUAUUGGCUAUUAUAUGUCGCCAAUAAUAACAUUAACACUCUGUAUAAGGACUCCAUUUCAUAUAUUUAUUUUCACUAUUGAAGCCUCUCCUAGUAACAAUUUCAUAAAAAUGCAAAUCUUUGCUAUAUUGUGUCGUGUUUAUAUAUUGUAUUUAUUUACUCAUUUUCUGUAGUGUGAUUUACUUCUGUUUGUAAUAACUUAAAAGGAAAAAAAAUAAAAAAAAAAGAUUUUUGCAAAUUUCCCAUCGGAAAAGGCUAUUGUAUAUAUUUAAAGAUAUCAUUGUGAAAUUAAUGUAUAGGCAAAUUCUGUUCUUUAUGUAUUACUUAUGUAUUGUUUUCAUUGCGUUGUUUCUAUGUUUACAGUAUACGGCCUCAUGAACUGUCGACUGUCAACUAUAUACUUACAUACUAAGCAAUAAUACGUGAAGGACAAAGCUCUUGUACUAUAAACAUAGAUCCAUUUUAUAUAUAUUCGUCUUCAAUAUGUCUACAGAUGUAUUGUUAGUAGUGGUUGGGUAUUUUUUAUCAUUCAAAUAAUUCACUUUCAUUUGUUUUGAAUCAUUUAAUCUUACUUUUUUUUUACAGUAUCUUUUAUGUUCCGUCAUUGAUCAUUAUAUUAUAUUGUACUUACUCCAUUAAUUAUAUUCGCUAAAACAUACCUUGAAAAAAAUUAUAGAAAAACAAAAAAAAAAAGUAUUGUUAGUCAAGUUUGCAUAUAAUAUUAUAUUUGAUUAGCUUUUAAUCUAAUGUAAUGUGCCUAUGCACUUGAAAGAAGGUUUAUUUGCUACUGAACAUCAAUUGUGUUGUUUUAUAGUGUGUCUAUAAAACAACAGAGUUCGCAAGGGUGUUGUUUUAUUAGGGGACGCUUAUAACGACCUCUGCGAGCUCUAGCAAUGUUGUGAGUCAUUAAAACUGAUGAGGUGUCUAAAAGCCUGUCUCAGUUUUAAUAAUUCAUGUCGUCUGUGAAGUUACAUGUGCCAAUCUUUUGAUUUGUACUUGACGAAAAGUAUAUUGCCGAGCGCAAGUAAAUUCACAGACAAUUUAUUUCAUUGUCCCCAAAUUAAAUUGUAAACCACCUAAUAUCAAGUGGUAUUCGAGCUUUUGUCAGUAAUAUAUUGGUAAUUCGAUUUCGGCAAUUUCACGAUCAGCGAAUAAUUCUCAUAAUGUUACAUCUUAUAUUGAGUAGAGAGCAGUUUAUAAUCAAGUAAAUUUUGGACACGUCGCUAAUAAGCACACGUUUAAAACUUAUAAAACUAAAAAAAAUACAUAAAAAAAAGGUUUUGCAUGUAGUAUUUCAAAUUUAAUCUAGCAAGCUCUCUUCUCAAGGAACAAGUCGGCUUGUAACCGAUUGCAUUCUUCUGGCCUUGGUUACAUGCAUAUUUGUUACAAUUCAUAUCAAAUUAUAUCUUUCCUUUUGAAACUGUUGAUUCAUAGGAUCCGGGGGCUUACAAGUGACGUCCAUUUUUAAGGCGGUACAGUUUUCGGAUGAAAUAAAUUAUAAUAAAUAUCUUUAUAAUAUUAUAGUAAGUCUCUGGAAGUUGAAAACACUCAUUUAAAAUUAAAUUGAUGCAGAAUAUUAUCAUUCUAUGAGAUGACUUUUUCAAAGUGAGUUUAUAUAUUUUUAACUAUAACAAAUUAAAAUAUCUGUAUCGUUUUAAAGAUGUGCGGUACGGUAAGCUUUUCACCUUGAAAGAAAAUAAAUUUUGUAAGCCGGGGUAGGAGCAGUCCUCAGGGGAUUUCACAUUUUAUUUGGUUCCAAAUUUUUUUAAAGGCCAUAACUUUAUAAAGUUUUUAUAACUUAAUUAUCACUUCAAUUCAAAACAUUAUUUCAAUCUUUGUACACAAAUAUGCACGUUACUGGAUUGGCACCGUACAUUUUUGUUUUCAUAUAGUGGAUAUUUUAGUGUAGAACAAUUUUAUCAUUAAAAUCGAUUUCUAGAUAUAAAACAAUAUUAGAAGUGGUUAUCCCCAAAAAUAGUUACCAUUUUCGUUACGUUAGGUUGUGCUCACUACUCUGGUUCUUGCCACCUGUGGGAAGAUAAUAAACAUUAAACAAACA